ACGCCUUCUACAAUUCUUAUGAAACUAUACUUCCUUUCUCCUUAUAAAACCAACCAAACCAAACCAAACAAUUCUAUCACUUACUUAAAAAUGGUGGCCUUCCCAAUGGUAGUUCUGAUCAUCGUGUGUGCCCAAGUAGUACAUUCGACAACCUUUUUCGAUGUGAAUCCUAUCAAACAAGUGGUGCCUGAUGGUCUACGAGAACUUGAAACAUCUAUUGUUCGACUUAUUGGCCAAACUCCUCAUGCGCUCACCUUUGCUCGAUUUGCUCACAGGUAUGGGAAGAAAUACAAAACUACCGAUGAAAUGAAACAGAGGUAUUCCAUUUUCGUUCAAAGUCUGGACACAAUUACAUCGCAUAACAACAAGGGCCUUUCCUAUAAUCUUGGGCUCAAUGAGUUUGCUGAUAUGACGUGGGAAGAAUUCAGCACAAACAAGUUGGGAGCUACUCAAAAUUGUUCUGCUACUAAAAAGGGCAAUCACAAGCUCACUCAUCACGAUGAUGUCCUUCCACUCACGCAAGAUUGGAGGGAAACAGGAAUUGUGAGUCCAGUCAAGAGUCAAGGAGAUUGUGGAUCUUGCUGGACAUUCAGUACAACUGGAGCUCUUGAGGCUGCUUAUGCCCAGGCUCAUGGGAAAUCAAUUAGUCUAUCUGAGCAGCAGCUUGUAGACUGUGCGGGUGGUUAUAAUAACUUUGGUUGCAAAGGUGGCUUGCCUUCUCAAGCUUAUGAGUACAUCAUAUACAAUGGCGGACUGGACUCCGAAGAAGCAUAUCCCUACAUUGGAAAAGACGGAGAACUUUGCAAAUACUCACCAGAGAAGGCUGCGGUCCAAGUUGUCAAUGUUGUCAAUAUCACCGAGGGUGCUGAGGAUGAGUUAAAGUAUGCAGUAGGUGUUGUUCGUCCGGUGAGUGUGGCAUUUCAGGUGGUUGCACCCUUCUCACUUUACGCUGGAGGAGUUUUCACUAGCGAUGUUUGUGGUAGUUCUACAAUGGAUGUGAACCAUGCGGUUGUUGCAGUUGGGUAUGGUGUCGAAAAUGGUAUUCCAUACUGGCUGCUCAAGAACUCAUGGGGACCAGAAUGGGGUUUGAAUGGCUACUUCAAGAUGGAGAGGGGCAAAAACAUGUGUGGUAUAGCAACGUGUGCAUCUUACCCUAUUGUUGUCUAGAUGAGUGUUGUUCUAGAUGAACAUAUUAAUACAAGUUGUAAAAUAUACGGAAAGCCUUGAUGGUUGUCAGUCGUUAAUAUAUAUAUAUAUAUAUAUGUGUGUGUGUGUGUGUGUGUUUGUU